CGCAGGCUCUCCGUUUGGUUUCAACCUGCUCCAACCCACGACCCCUUCGCCGUCCGUGUGUUCCGUGUCCAUUAGGUACUUGAAGCAAGCCAGGUGAGAAAGCUCGACACCAACGGGGAACGAAGAACACAGCUCCCAUCCAUCUCCUUUCCCUCGAGAGCCCCUAAAACUCUAAAGCCCUUUUUUACUCAACGCCCCCCUCUUUCGAGCCGAGCUCCAAGCCCUCCAAAGGGUCCAUUCUCCCCAACAGUCUCUCUCUCCCGACGAGCCCCGGCAAGGCAUAUGACAGUCGUCGUCUACUAGCUAGCUCACGCCCCAUCCGAGUGUUUUGGCUUGAUAUUCCUCUUUCUCUUUCCUCAUUCCAUCUUGGUUGAUCCAGAUCGACGCUACAAAAAUCGCCAAGCUCGUCGUCGUAUCCUCCACCGCUUCCCGUGAUACCGAACCGCAUCUCCGUGUGUCAAGUCAAGACCGUCUGGCUUCACGGACAACACCUACCCACCCACCUACCCACCCCCACUCACUUGCAAACGCUAUCAUGGCCCCGAAUCGCAAAUACGCCAAUUACCCCGGCGCCCGCGAGGCGCCGCCCCAGCUCCACUCCGAGACGGACAAGGAGGACCAGAACCCCGUCCUCCGCGGCUGGCCUCUCAUCGCGGGCUCGACCUUGCUCGCGAACUCGGGCGCCGUCCAGCGCUUCUUCUGGCGCAACGCAAAGUUCGGAUCCAUCAGGGACCUCCCCGGCCUCGUUGACUACAGAUACCGCUUCCAGCCCGAUGUCCUCGUCCUCUCCGAAUCCGGAACCCACCCGGACCCCCUCCCGCUAAGCCCGGAUCUCACCACCCCGGCACCUCAGGACCAGCCCGGCCGUUACCUCUCCAGCGCCGACUACCACGCGCUUUACACUUCCGGCGCCGCCACCCCGCUCGACGUCGUCCAGUCCCUCCUGCCCCUCGUCCGCCGCGCCGAGGGCCACCCCCCUCCCGAGACGGGGCCCUACGCCAACGCCUGGGUCGCCUCCCACGGCCGCGAGGACCUUGCCCUCGACGCCGCCCGCGCCUCCACCGACCGCUGGCGCCGCGGCGAGCCCCUGGGCCCCCUCGACGGCGUGCCCAUCGGCGUCAAGGACGACAUUGACGUACAGGGCUACGUCAGCCACAACGGCAUGCAGUACCGCCCCGACCUGCCAUGGUUUAAGCCCGCCGAGGAGACGCUGUGGCCGAUCCGCCAGCUCGAGGCCGCCGGCGCCAUCGUGCUGGGCAAGAAUGCCAUGCACGAGUUGGGCGGUGAUACCAAUGGCUGCAACCCCCGAUGGGGAACCCCCACGAACUGGCACAACAAGUCGUACUACCCGGGCGGCUCCUCCUCCGGCGCCGGCUCCGCCCUCGGCGCCGGCAUUGUCCCCAUCGCCAUCGGCACCGACGCCGGUGGCUCUAUCCGUAUCCCCUCGUCCUUCAACUCCGUCUACGGUCUGAAGCCCUCGCACCACCGCGCCUGCACCAUGAACUCAUCCGUCUGCGUCGUCGGCCCCCUCGCCGCCACCGUCGCCGAUCUCACCAUCGCCUACCGCGUCAUGUCGCGCCCGAACCCGGACGACCCCGUCCAGGGCCUCUACACCCCGUCCGUGCCCCCCUCCCUGUCUUCGUUCUCGUCGUCCUCCUCCCAGAAGAAGAUCAUCGCCAUUGACGAGGCCUGGUGGUCCCGCGCCAACCCCUCCGUCGCCUCCGUCUGCCGUCGCGCCGUCGACCACUUCGUGUCCCAGGGCUACACCACGGUCCCCAUCCGCAUCCCUUACCUCCGCGAGAUCCAGCUCAUGCACUCGGCCGCCUGCGUCACUGAGAUGCAGGACCUCGCCCGGCACCGCCACCCGGACCCGGAGCAGUGGCAGUCCCUCAUCAACCACGCCAACAAGAUCACCAUGUCCGUCGGCACACAGACGCCGGCCGGCGACUAUAUGAAAUACGCCCAGCUGCGCGACCUACUCAUGAAGCACAUGGCCUUCUUGUUCGAGGAGAACCCGGGCAUGCUCGUUGUCACUCCGACGACGCCGAUGCCCGGCUGGCCGCGGCACCCGGGCGACGACGCGUACGGCGUCUCGGACGCCAACAAGACCAUCGCCAACAUGAGCUACGUCUACAUCGCCAACGUCAGCGGCUGCCCCGCCGUCACGGCGCCGGUGGGCUACAUCGACCCUGUUCAGGGCGAGGGCAAGAUUCCCGUCGGACUUAUGGCCAUGGCCGAGUGGGGUUGCGAGGAACAGCUUCUCGACUGGGCCAGGGACGCCGAGACGUAUCUGCUCAAGGACGGCCGGCAACGCCCCGAAGGAUGGGUGGACGUGAUCGAGGUCACCAAGAAUGGGGGGCUUGAGGCCAAGAAGAACAUUUAGCGUCAACGACACGGGAAAGAGCCUGCUCAUCAUUGCAGGCCAGGGGAGAGAGGAUCAAGAAUAAC